GUAGAAACCCACAAUGGUAAAAUGUGCAACAAUGCGGAAGAGCAAAGCAGAAGUGAAGUGAAGAUGGUGGCAAUCAGACAUCGACUCGUCAUGAUGUCAACUCGGUUGUUUCUGCUUCUUUCUCUUGUUGGGCAAAUACUGGCUAAAAACCCUCCUGACAUGAAGUGCCUGGUGAUUAACCUGGAAAAAGUUCGCUGCACCUGGAACUCGCAGGGGACUCCAGACGUCAAUUACAACUUUUCCAGCUGGUUCAUAAAAGAGAACGAAACGAGCUGUGCUGAAUACCUGACUGAUAAUGGAACAAAUAUUGGAUGUAAUCGUCCUUACACCAAACUCCAGAGAUUUUACGCAUUUUACACUACACUGAGAUAUGGCGGGGAGAUGAAUGUGAAGAAACAUGACCUUAGAAGAAAAGUGAUGUUAAACCCACCAACCAACCUGACUGUAAAGAAUGGAUCCGACUUUAACCUGUGGUUUUACUGGAACCAGACUGAUAAACAUUGUGUGGAAUAUCAAGUACGAGUCAGAAUAAACAACAGCAGCUGGGAGCGCUCGCUAGUGUAUCUCGGGCAGAGUUACUCCCAAAACCUGCCUUCCAGCACUGCCAGAUAUGAGCUGCAGGUGAGGAGCAAAAUAGAGCGUAACUGUGGAGAGUCUGAGGUGUGGAGCGACUGGAGCGAGCCUGUAGUCUGGGGAUUCAAUAACACCACAGACACAAAUAAAGGACACGAGGCAAUGCCAGUGUGGACAGCAGUGCUGUAUGUGGCAGCUGCCAUCACCCUCCUUCUUCUGGUUAUGAUCUUACUGCACAAUGAACGGAUUAAAAUCAUCCUGAUUCCUCCUCUUCCCAAGCCCGUACUGAACUCUUCUGAUGUCGAGGAUUGGUUUCAUUUCUCCAAAGGCCUUAUUAAAGAAGGGUUUAAUGCCAACUUCAGUGAGCGAGCCUGCACCGUGCGUGAGUAUCAACCUGUCUCGCGUUCCGACAGCAACAGCUCUGACAGCUCCGUCCUUACCACCACCACCGAUCAAACCGACUGCUCUAUUGCCAUCGCAGUGAAUGAACCAGAGGACACAUCUGCUCCUUUUUACACCCAUGUGAUCGCCUCUGAAGAGGGCCAGCAGGUUUCUGCGUAAAUGUUGCCUAAGGCAAAUUUAGAUUUGUCAAAAAAAUCCUCCUUUUUAUUUUUUGACAGAUGUCCUGACUUACUGUAGGAGUAGGAAAAUGGGUGGAGUUGAGAACAUUGAAAACAAUUAGAAAUCAAUAAAGUAAAUUA